AUGCAGGCAGACUUUGACAAGGCAGCGAAGGAUGUAAAGGAAUUAAAGACGACGACUGAUGACGAACUGAAGGAGCUCUAUGGCCUCUAUAAGCAGUCUACUGUGGGAGACAUCAAUAUAGAGUGUCCUGGAAUGCUGGAUCUAAAGGGAAAGGCCAAAUGGGCAUGGAAUACAAAGAAAGGUAGGUAGGUUUAUUCGAUAGGAACUAAGGACGAAAGGACAAAGCGGUGUCUACUGAAGAGCUUCUCUUUACUACAGGCACUUGCUGGUUCUGGCCCACGCAUAAAGCUGGAAAGAUCUUAUAUGGACCAAGUUAAAGGGGUACUCCA